AUGUAUGUUAGCAGACAAGCCUGUAGUAGUGAGGAUGUUGUUGAUUGUGUGAUUGUCAAUAAAACGGUUCAGCAUAUACUGCCAGAAAUUAUAGCCUCAAUCAAAGAUGAGAUCAAAACAUUUAAUCGUUAUCUGAAAGACUUAUCUGGUGAUUAUAUGGUUUCCUGUAAUCCUGAUCGGAUAUUGCACAAACCUUUUUUAAAGCUUUCUAACGGAGAGGUACCUCCUCCUAACACUGACACAGUUCUUAGAACUCAGAGAAAGGAAUGGAAUUUGAGUGAUGUUCGCUCUGUAUCGGCAAAAAGAUGGUUGAAAAAGGAGCUAAUUUUUUUAAUUGAAGCUGUUGCCACUUGUGUUCGUAACCGCCAAAUUCAAAUUUUGGAAGACAAAAGAGACCUUUUGCUAAGUAAAAUCUCGAAAACAUAUAAAAGGCAAUCGGGGUCAGAGAGAACUUGUAAACAAGAUUCAAUAUCAUCCAUGGAAUCGAGUCAUUCUCUCCUAUCUGAACUGCAAGAAUGUGAAUCAAAACUAUAUCAGAUCCAUUUAAUGCCUAAAAAACCUCCAAAAUGGUUAGUUUCUGCCAUAGCUAACAUGGGAUUCAAGGAAUCUGAAGAAUCUACCUUCCAAGAUAUUUUUAAAAAUAAUGGAGUUCAUAAAUUACGUUCUGAUAGCUCUUGCCGACAAUCUGCUCAAAAUUGGUAUGAACUACUUUCAUCAGCUGAUAGUAUAAUUUCCCCAACUAACUGGAUUGAAAUAUCAAAUAUACAGGGUAAAAAUUGUAUAAAUGAUAAUAAUGCUCGAUUGACUUGGAUUCAUCGCCUACAACCUAAUAUCAAUCGUUCGAAAUGGUCCAAAGAAGAGGAUAAAAGAUUGACGGAGUUAGUACGGGAAUUUGGUGAAUCUGGUCGUUGGGAGGAAAUAUGCAAAGCUUUAAAUACUAAUCGUACCGUACUUGCAUGUUUUCAACGUUGGCAAACUGUUCUGAAUCCUAAUUUUAUAAUGUAUCGUCCAUGGUCUACUACAGAAGAUACUGCCUUAAUGGAUAUCUUGAAAAAUUUACUUAAAGUCUAUUCUCCUGGUCUAAUGGAUUGGGAUAUUGUUUCUGCCUAUCAUCCAACUCGCUCGCGUAGCGAGUGUCGUUCACGAGCACCUAUAAUAUGUCCAGCGUUUCAUAAUAUUGUACCAAAGGUGGAAGGAGUUUCAGACCGAACUGCCUCCGUUAUUCCACGUAAAAACAAUCAAGCAUCUUCUUUACUUAAUUCAUUUUCUCUUGCGGAAGAUUUACAACUUUUAAUGGCUGUUCAACGUUAUGGAAUUGCUGGUGGACGUGUUGGUCAUGGUGGAGGUAUUGGAAUAGGCUCAUGGGCAUUAGUCACUAAUGCUCUACCAGGUAGAAGUGCAUCAUCCUGCAGGAAAAGGUAUGUAGAACUUUGUGAACAAUUUCAACCCUGGACAUGUUAUGAAGAUCAGAAAUUGUAUCGUUUGGUUUUGAAUUACGGACCAUAUGUUUCAAUGGGAUGUUGGAGAACAGGUCCAAGUCUUCAAAUUUUCACCAAUCUUCUUCCAUAUUUUCCUGGUCGUUCUACUUAUUCUCUUCAGUCGCGUUUCAGAACACUCAGAAGGUGGGCGAGAUUAUGGUAUGAAUUGCGUGAAAAGAUUCCUACGACACUUGAGGAUUCACUAAGCUCUAAUUCAGCGCCAACAUCUGAACAAAGUAUUCUAUUGUAUUCACCUUUUGCUGCACAGUUUGUAAGUCAGUUGAAAAAUGCUGGUGUCCCAGAUCCAGAAACAGAAGCUUAUAGAAUAUUAACCACUUGGAAGACAAUUCAAACUUCUGUGAAAUCUACCUACAGUUGGGCUAAAAGUGAUUGGAAACCUAAUCAAAUCGAUGAAGAUUUUAUACAACUUUUAGGUGAAUUAGCCUCGGGUGUUCUUGUUCAACAACAUCUUAAUGUUGAUCAUUCAUGUGAUACUAAUAUUACUUCUUAUCAAAGUCAAUUGAAUAACACUGUUGGAUUGGAAGUAAACACUAUAAAUCAUGAAACACGCUUAAAUACAGUUAUUGAGUUAUCAGAUCAAGAUAAAACAUUUGAACGAAUUUCAUUUUCAGAAUCUAAAUGGUUGGUCUAUCAAACUCAAAUGAAACAUGUCUUAGCUGGAUCAGUACGUAAAUGUCUUUCUGUAAUGGCUGGGAUUCCAGCAUCACAUUCUAGACGAGAAUCUUCGUCCACCUCCACCUUUUCUUCUGUGUCCACACGUCGACGUAAUUUUAUGCUUCAUAAUUCAUCACAAAUCGUCAACAGAAAUAGAGAAAAUCAGGCUCUUUUAUUAUUACACAAAGAACAUUUAUUUUGGAUGACAUUCGAUCAGAUAAUGCAUAAUCCGAAGGUUGUAUCAUCUUUGAAACAAAUAACUAAAAUAUCAAUGCUUCGAAAUGCCGCGCCUUUUAUCGCUCGUCAAAUGGUUUCACGCUUAAGUCAUAAAUCUACUGCUCAAACUAUUCCUAAACGUCGAAAAGAAAAUAGAACUAGCUGUUUUAGUUUGCCAAGUAGAGGAAGUGGGCGAUGUAAAAGAUAUCUACGGAAAAAAAUAUUUGAAAAAUAUACCAUUUCACACAGUCAAAAUGUAAACAAUUCAUUGCCAAAAAAUGAUGUAAACAUUCCAUCGAAUUCUGUUUCCCCUUCGACAUCUGUCAAUGUUACUACUCCAUCCAUCAUAACUGUAAACGUUAACGAUGCUACUGCAAUGAAAACUGGUAUAGCUGCUGCUACUACUGCGGUGACUACUACUACUACUACUACUACUAAUACUGUCACUGUUAACACCACAGAUGUCAUCAAUUCAGGUAAUAAUUCUGGAUCGUUAACGGGAAUGACAGAGUCAAGGCGUCGAUUGUUAUUAGAAAUUCAGAGUAUUUUAAAAAGAUAUGAAAGAAAACCAUACAAUAGUAUGAGCACAUAUGCUCUAUCUACAAAUAUUUGGUCUCGAGGUUCAAGGACAUCACAGACAAAUGUUAGCAAGCAAGAACGAUUUAUACCGCCUAUUUUACGUGGCUUACCACCUGAAAUAGGCUUUCAAGUAUUCUGUGAACCUGAAUUAUUGAGUACACGGUGUCUAGAAAUUGCACGAUCAUGUUUAUCAAAUGGACUAGGCAUAAGUCCUGAUGAAAUGAAAGUAUCAAAGAGAUCAUCAAAUUCUACUAAUGUGACUAUGAAUCAAUCAGUUUCAUUAGAUGCGAAUGAAUCUCAGAGAUCACAACCAAGUAAAGUGUAUAUUUUCCCACCGAAUUAUUCUACCUUAUUGGGCUUUAAAAGUCUUUUAAUGCAUUUACCUAUAUUGUUAGACAAAGAAAAAGGACGAUUUUCACAAUUCGUUGAACUCAGACAGUUGUUUUGUGCACUCCCUGGUCAAAAUGCUUCAGAUGAAGAAAUUAGAAAAAGAAUAGAAGAUGCCAGAUCAUCGACAUUAUUUGGUCGUCCUAUCUUUAAUGUUGCACGUACACUUUUGUCACCCAAAUAUACAGAUUUUAUUAACAGAUCAUUAGCACUUCUUUUAUGGCCUGCAUUAUUUGCAAAUAUACCAGCAAAAGUGUUUAUGGAAAAUGCAAAACAUCAUUGGCAGGAAGCUCUUGAAUAUUCAUUAGCUAAUGCUCCUGAACCAAAGGAUAAAGAUGUUGGAAAUGCAGAAAAUGUUCAAAAUGUUACAGAUAAUAAUACUCAUAUUCCUAGGAAAAGUAGACAGAAAAGACGACGACGUGAUUAUCCGAUUAAAAUCCCAUAUAAAAGAUUUAGAAAAGGUUAUAAUUUUACAGCAGGACGAUUGUUUGCUGGAUCACGUGUAGAUUGGGCUAAGCGUACCAAUUCUUCAACGACAUUUACAGUAACUGGUGAAGAUGGUGAAUUGGUGCCUAUAACUUUGCCUGAUCAAAUAAAAAUAUUAUAUGCUUGUGGAUUUCGACCUGAAUCAUUUUUAAAUCUUAAAAAGUAG